AUGGAAGGAUUGGAGAUUCCGAAGGCAUCAAAGACCCAAAAAGCGCCGCCAUUGAAGUGCCCUCGCUGCUAUUCCGCCAACACCAAGUUCUGCUACUAUAACAACUACAGCCUCACUCAACCGCGCCACUUCUGUCGCACAUGCCACCGCCACUGGACCGCCGGCGGCGUCCUCCGCAACAUUCCCGCCAGCGGCAGCCGCAAAAACAAACGCCAAAAGACAACCACGACCACCAACGCUUCCACCUCCGCCGCCGCCGGGCACUUUCCGUCUAUCACUACCCCGGCAGUGACGGAGAACAAUGAUAGGUUCGAAAAUUUACUUACGAGGAAUUUCCGACCGUUUGAAUUUGAAUUCGGGACAGUGAGCUCUGGUUUUAGCUUCCCUGUGAACUCCACUUCGUUGUUUCCUUCCACGGAUUAUAGUUUUGGAAGAUCAAAAGAAGGGUUAGAAAUGGAUGAAUCGAAGUUUUCUACGAGUUUUUCCGUUGAGGAGUCGCUGGUUUUUCCUGCUGGUUUCCUGGAUUUUUGGAACGGCGGCGUCGAUUUCAUGGCCGGCGGUUAUUGA